ACAAUAAUGUCAGUUUAAGUUGGGAGGCACCUAAUAUAAGUGUGGGAGGGAUUUAGAUGCUCCUGGUAGAAUCAGUCUUUCAGGAGAACUGGUUACAUGGUUUUUGGCAGUCUUCUUUGUUGCUGUCUGUUAGUCACACUGAUACUGUUUCCAAGAGAUCAUGUCUUCUGCACAAAGUUGGACUUGUCCCACAGUUAAGCUCUCAAAUGGGGUGCAAAUGCCAAUACUUGGAAUAGGCACAUCCCAGGUUGGAGGAUUCUGUCAAGAUACUGUUCUGUCUGCAGUCCGAGAUUGUGGCAUACGUCUCAUUGACACAUCCAAGUAUAAUGGCUUUGAGGUACAACUGGCUGAAGUUAUCAGAGAUAGUGGGGUACCUCGAGGUGACCUGUGGAUCACCAAUAAACUCUGGCCGGAGGACUAUGAAUAUGAAGCUGCCAAGAAGGCCUUUCAGAAAUCCUGCUCCCUGAUGGGUGUGGAAUAUCUUGACAUCUACAUGUUGCACUGGCCUGGCUCCAUGCUGCCUGGUCGCAGCGGCAGAGAGCUGAGAGCUGAGGCCUGGAGAGCUUUGGAAGAACUUUAUGAAAAGGGGUUAUGUCGUAGUAUUGGGGUUAGCAACUUUAUGAUUCACCAUCUGGAACAGUUAAAGCAGGACUGUACUGUGGUGCCACAUGUUAAUCAAGUGGAAUACCAUCCAUUCCAGCAGCCCAAUAAGCUGAUUGAGUACUGCCGUCAGGAGGGUAUUGCAUUUCAGGGGUACUGCCCUCUGGCCAAGGGUCAAGUCCUAAGCAACCCCACUAUUAUCCAGUUGGCGCAGAAAUACGGACGCACACCUGCUCAGAUCUGCAUUCGCUGGAGUAUUCAGAAUGGAGUCAUUACAAUACCGAAGUCAACAAAAAAGGAACGUGUUCUAGAAAAUUGUCAGGUGUUUGGAUUCCAACUGGAGGAGGAGGACAUGGAGACAAUAAACAAGUUGCACGAUGGGAGACACGUGUCCUGGGAUCCAACUAAUGUGGAGUAGCACAAGGUCCAUUUGCUGUAGAAAUCAUUCACUCAUGUCUGCAAAUCAAUAAGCCUUCUUUGUUUUGUAGUCCCUCACUUUUAUCGUGAAAGAAAAUAAAAUAAUUCUGACCGAGA